AGUGGACCAUCGCGAAACCCCGCCCCGCCAGGCAAUUGAAAUGCACACUAGAUUAAGGUAUAUUUUAGUCAUGUUGAUCAUUGGUCAUUGUCAGUGGUGAUGUGUGUUAGAUGUAGGAUGUUAUUGAGACAAUUACAAUGCAUGGAAUAAUCGUACAGUGCAAAAGCUGAACAAAGAUCAAUUUUGAGACUUAAACACGAUGCAGUAUCAACCGAAUGCAAAAAAUAUACAAUGGACGAAGGCUGCAAUUGGUUUGAAAUAUUUGCAAAAAGGGUUGGCACCUUUUUGUGACCACAUCGUAAAGCAGCAGCAUCUGGACAUCUUAGAUAACGUAAAAAAGAAAUUUUUGACGACAGCUGUAUGUAACCAGUGCAAUCUGAGGACUCUCAAACCAGACCAUACAAGACAAAAAAAGAAGAAAUGUCCGUUAGGCGACCGUUAUUGUAACUGCUGCCGUCGAGCUCGUACAUUUUGCCCAAAAGUGGUUUGUGGUGCGAUAUAUGACGAAAUUGCAACAUAUCAUACGUCCACCCCUUGCUGGAAAUACACCAAAGCUGAGCAGUGGACUUCAGAGCCAUGGAGUAUAGCUCAAUGUUUCUUCAAUUUGAAAUCCCAAACGUACCUGUCAUAUUCAUCAGCCCGAGACACUGGUAUUUCCGAGUUAUUGGAAUUGAUUUUGAGCAACAAGUACUUUCAUGAAAACAUCACUAGAAUGGAUUUACUCUCAAAGGUAACACAGCACAAAAUGUCCAUAUACAACUCCUGUAAUAUGCAGUUAGACAAGUCAGAAGUAGACAUGUACAUAGAUGAUAUGAUUGCUCUCCUGCAAGAUGACAAGAAACUGAAACACCAAACAGAUGCUCAGACAGCUGUAAGGAAUCUGCAAGCGCUCAAGGAGAGCAAAGGCUUAGCUGAGGAUAAACUUUCUGAGGAUGAUUGUAACAAGCGUUCCAUCGCACAGCAGCAGGUUAGGCAGCAGAAAAUGUACAUAUUAAAGAGGAUUGGUACGUUAGAUGAAUUAGAUGAGACAGAUGAAAACAAGUAUCGAGAUGUUGUGACUGAUAUCUGGCAAGAUGCCGAGAAAGCUCAGAAUCGUCCCUUUAACACAUGGAAGGGGAAAAGGAAGCGGAAGAAGAAGGAUCAGGCGAAAACCAAGAAAAGCGGUCCGUCUCAAAAGGAACCAGAUGUAUUCAAGGUGGUUAUAAAAAUUACCAAUUUACAAUUCACGGAGGAGAUCCGAGCUGCUGGAAAGGAUAUUGGACAACUUGACGUCACACUACAGCUGCAGACAGCCUUACAAGAUCUCUUCAGAUCAUUACCUGGUGAUAUUGGAAUAAAAAUUGUAGAUUUACAGCCUGGGUCCUUGAUUGUCAAAUUUGAAAUCAUAUCAAAUGGUCGGAACACAGACGAGGAGAUUGAACAGACAUUGCAAAAAAUGUUAAAUAAAGGAUCAUUUAGCAUCUAUACUGUCAGUCGAGAUGAAUAUGAUUGCCGUAAAAUAACAGGGACAAAAAAACGUUUUGAUGGGCGAUUGAUAAAGCUUGAGGAGAAAGACAUUAAAAUAUUAAAACAAAAAUACACAAAACUGAUCGGGGGAGGAAGCUUUGGAAAAGUUUAUUCUACUUCAGAUGAUACUGUUCCCGCUGAUUUUGGAAUACGUAUUGCUCGAAAGAAAAUAGAUAUACAAUCAAAGGCAAGAGAAGGAUCAGUUAGGAGGGAGAUGAUGGCAUCUAGAAUUUUGCACCCAUUUAUUCUUCCUUUGUUAGCAGUAGCUUAUCGUCCUUUUGAAUUGCAAGAAGUCUGGUUUGUUUCUCCAUUGUGCGAAAACGGUGAUCUCUAUACUGCUAUAGAAAAAGGACAAAUGGAAAUGGAUCGACGGACAAGAUUUAAGAUUCUUCUUCAAGUUGCAUUAGCGAUCCGGUAUUUACACACAGAAGUACCAAAUGUCAGGAAGGCCAUUCUUCAUAAGGAUAUUGCUUCUAGAAAUGUUGUGCUUGAUGCUAAAUAUAAUGCUCGCCUUAUUGAUUUUGGAUUGGCAAGAGAAAUAGACGACCAGACAGCAACUGCAACAAGAAGAGAGGAAUAUUGGCAUCCUGAUGCUGUUGAAAGGAAAACUGCUACACAGAGCUGGGAUUACUAUAGUUUUGGAGUCAUUAUCCGUGAAAUGUUGACAAGUCUUAAACCUGAAGGAGAUGAAAAUAAUGGCAAAAAAUUGUACUUGAAGAACAUGGAACCUGAAGAAGUUCUCAAAAACCUCAGUACAGCCAUUUGGGUGUACAAGGAUAAAGCAAAAGAUCUAGCUAAUAUUGCCGAAGAGUGUUUGAAAACACGUGAUUUGAGUUUGAAAGAGUUCAACACAAAGGUGGUUGAAAAAAUAAAAAAAAUCUGGUGGAGAGACCUUAAUCAGAACAGACUGUUAGAUGUUCCAGAUGGGCACGCUAAAUGUCAUAUAUGCAUGAUAAAUCCGAAGGCCACCGAAACAUCGAUGAGACAGGACCAUGAACGAAAUUGUAGACAGAAAAUAGAAGCCUGCAUAGCUUGCGAGAAGAAUAGUUUCUUGAAUCCAGUAAGAUGUUAUUGUGACAAAGAUUUGAAACCCACCAUAGGGUCUAGAUGUGGUGCCUUGCUAGUAGCAGGAAAUGAUGAAAAGAAAACGAUGGCCGAAGCCCUGAAGAAAGAUAUAAACGAGCUGAAGAAAGUAAUUACGUCACUCGCCCCUCGUAUAAUGGGAAUAAGCGAAGAUCUGGUUCGCGUCGUAGUACCAAACAAACCAGGCACACUGGAAGCAAGAGAAAAACUAUGGCCUGAAGUGAAAAAACAUAUUGAAGUCUUCAGUAAAGAAUCAGAAAUCGAUACAUUGCUUAUCUAUUAUUCUUGUCAUGGUGAAAACCUCAUGGACGAGAGCCAGAGCAAUGUCUUCAAACUUGGAUCAGCUUCAGACAACAUUAGAUUGGACGAGUUUGAGGAAGAGUUGGACUGUUUGGGUAAUAUUGAUAAACUGAUUAUAGUUCUAGAUCGGUGCUAUCCUCCAAAGAUAAAGACAAAGAAAAGAAAACAAAUCAUUCAGAUAAAUGCAUGCCAUGAGGAACAAGAGGCGAAGAUGACCGACGAAGGCAGCAUUUUCACAAAGUAUUUUAUCCAAGGGUUAAAAGCUAAGUCAGACAAAAAAAAAUGCCUUAGCGGUUGUGAGCACUGCGUUACCUAUUGGUCAAACAUAUCUGAUUUCAUCUCUGCCACUCCUCUGUUUGAUUAUGUCCGCGAUCACAUGAGCGAAUAUGACGACUCGCAACCGGUCGGGGUUACGCCGCUAGAAUGGAGAAACAUUGCCUUCUACACACACGAAAAAGUCGAAAUAGAUUUCACUUGGCAACGAGAUGAUCAAUCUGACAAAGUACAAAGAGAAAUACCACUUGAGUAUCUUCAAACAUUGAAUCAGCUUGAAGAAAAACUUUGCAAGGUGUUCAGAAGGGACACGAGUACGACCAAAGUCAAAAUACAAAAGGAUACAUUUAGAAAUAAGGAGAGGUUUCAAGACUGUGACACGCUAGAAAAGGUUAUGUCAGCGUGGGUCAACAGGCAGCCACUAACAGUGAAGUUUGAAAAUUCGUGACAUAAAACUGUAUAUAUUUACGUCAGUCGGAGCCUGCAGUUUAGCGGCUGAUAGUAUUGAUAUAUUUGUGUUGAUUCAAGUUAUAUAAAACCUCUUUUAACCCGUCUCUGUUCUGAUUUAUGAUAUCAACAACAGAUUUCAACAACAAAGGAUGCCAUUCAGAUAGUGGACAUGUAAUGGAUUUGUUUGAAGCUUGACGAUUUAUCACUAACACGUAUUUAUAUUUACUGACGACUUAUUACAUAUGUUGUAUGAGCUUUCCGCUUAAUGUGAGAAAUAUAAGAACAUUUACAAACCUAUUCAGAGAUUUACAUCGACAAUUAUGUUUUCGGUAAAAUUUCAUUUCAAGUGCGUGUUUGCAAAAUUGUUUAGAUCGUUGUAAUAUACUAAUGUCAAUGGAAAUGUAAAAAUGGUAAAAAUAUAGUUUUUUUUUCACAUUUUUAUUCACAUUAAAGGGUAAUUUUCAAAAAGUAGAAAAUAUUGCUUAAAUGAGUUUGACCAUCUAUAAUGGUAAAUAAGUAGAAUCCGUUUAACACAAAAUAUCUUCAAGUUAAUAAAUGUAUAUAAAAAUGUGCGUUUUAUGGAGUUAAGUAUUACAUAUUGACAAUUUAGUUUUAGGAAGCAGACGUGCUUACGUUUUAUUAUACAUGUAUAUACUUUUUUCCUCGGUACAAUGUCCGAUGUGUUAAGUAUUACAUAUUGACAAUUUAGUUUUAGGAAGCAGACGUGCUUACGUUUUAUUAUACAUGUAUAUACCUUUUUCCUCGGUGUUUUUGAUGUAUUAUUCAAAAAGGCCCAAAAUGCCUUUGUUUUCAAAGUGUCGGCCAUAUGUUUUGUUAUGAACAUAAAACGUAUUAAUUUCUUGUUUAACACUAUAUCCUCCUAUAUUCAUCAAAGGUUUGAAUAUAGCUAACCAAGAAGAAAUUUUUACUGAUACCAUUGUUUUUGAUUACCACACAUUAUAGUUCUGACUAUAAAAGUUCAUGUGCAGUUUUAACCGUAAUGCUUUUCUAGCCGUGUAAUUAUGCAUACUAUUUAUAUGGACAGCUGUGUCAUCUGUUUUAACAUCAAGUUCAAAGCCUUAUGGAACUUUAACAAAAAGGAAUUAUAAACGUUU